CUAUAUCGAUGCAGCAUAUCUCGCCGCCAGGUGCAGCGAUCACGAGAACGCUACUUCAGCUAGCCUCGCGCUGUUUCCGCCCCGAUGACCAGAGCAAGUGAAGCUAAAAUCAAACAGCUCAGGAACACUGCUCGAAUCUCCUUCUGUGAAGUCUUCUUAAUUACUACCACUUUCCAACUAGCAACCUAUCUAAUACAACCAUUUUUUUUUUGUUCUAGGUACUACAAUUGUCUAUCUUAUACCCUCAGUAUUUUCAUUCCCUAGUUCCCGGUGCGACCUCCUCCUACCCAUGGAAAC